AGGAAGAGCCAAUCAGAAAUUAAUCAGAGGGGAGACAGAGAAACGUGCACACAAUCAAUAAGAUACUCUCCACCGGCGCCGGACAAAGCGCAGGAGAGGGAAGAAGAAAUGCAAGACCAGACGACCACCACGACGAGCUCGCCGCAUUCCAGCAGCGACAGGUCGUCCAGCUCUGCGCCUCACUCCAAGCAAGGGAUGGACAGCGACGACGACAUAGGGAGGGUGCCGGAGUUCAGGCUGGACCAGGGAGGUCCAUCGACGUCGGGAAGGGAGCCAGUGGCUGCCGGGACAUCAUCCGAGCAGGCACAGUCGGCGGCGGCAGCGCAGACCACCUCGCGCCGCCGCGGCCGUAGCCCGGCAGACAAGGAGCAUCGCCGACUCAAAAGGUUGCUGAGGAACCGGGUGUCCGCGCAGCAAGCGCGGGAGAGGAAGAAGGCGUACAUGGGUGAGCUGGAGACGAAGGUGAAGGACUUGGAGAAUAGAAAUUCAGAGCUUGAGGAGAGGCUCUCCACCCUGCAGAACGAGAACCAAAUGCUUAGACAGAUACUGAAGAACACCACCGGUAACAGGAGAGGACCAGGUAGCGGUGCCGGCGCCGGAGACGGCUAGCCAAUAUCAUCAUCGUGUGACGUCUGGAAACAUCUAGUACCUAAUUACUUGUGGAAUGGAACAAAUAAAUGGCUAAAAGGAGUGAAGAUCCCUGGAUUAAUUUAGGUGUUCUUUAAUUAGAUCGAUAAAGCGCCAGGAAAAAUAUGCUGAGCAUGUAAUAUGUGAGCUGAACUGAAAUUGUUUAGUUUUAAGUGGUCAGGGGAGCUAAUUCUGCACCUCAUAAUGUACCUGCUGUGCGCGAUCGUUCCCUGCCGAACUUUAUAAUGUGGAAGAAGUGUAUGUAUGUACUUGUAUUAUGAAGGAUUAAAUCAGCUCAGCUUCAGUUACAUUAUACAAAAUAUCAAAAUUAAUCA